AUGGCGACCAUGGAUGAUAAAGAGUUAUGUUUAUACGCAGGUUUAAUUCAAAAUUCAGAAAUAAAUACAAGUACGGUAAAAAGUUCAGAUUUUGAAAAUGAAAGCAGCGACGACGAUGAAAAUGAUGAUACAUGGAAUGAAAUGGAUAAUGAAAGCAAUAGUUUUAUGAGUUGCUUGUUUUGCGAUCAAAAUUUCAAAACAAUGGCUGUGGCUUUGGAACAUUGCAAAAUCGAACACAAAUUAAAUUUGCCUUACCUUAAACAAAAGUUUAACAUGGAUUGCUAUUCGUAUAUUUGUAUGAUAAAUUACGUUAGACGUGAACGAAUCUCAUCAGAAAUGUUAUUAUCGUUCAAAGAUCCACCUUGGCUAAAUGGAGAGUAUUUAACGCCUGUUAUUCAAGAUGAUCCUUGGCUUAUGUUUGAUUUUGAUGAUGUAGAAAUACCUGAUGAAUAUGUAAAUCAAACACCUGUUCAAAAUUACCACGUUGUGAAUGCUGAAAAUGGUUUAGUUACUCUAACAGAACAACAUUUUGCUCAAUUACAGACUAAAAUAAAGCAUUUAAGUUUACAGCUGCAAGAAAAAGAAGAAGUUUUAAAUUUUGCUGUUAAUCAAAUUGAUAAAAUGAAAGCAGUGACACAAAAUCUUGUUUCAGAAUCAUCAGAAAGCGAAGCUUUAAAUCGAGAAAAAAUGAAAAUUAAAUUAGUAGAUGAUAAUGGAUAUUUUAGUAGCUAUUCACAUUUUGGAAUUCAUCUUGAAAUGUUAUCUGAUAAAGUAAGGACUUUAAAAUACAGAAAUGCAAUUUUAAAUAAUUCAUCUUUAAUAGUUAAUCAACAAGUUUUAGAUAUUGGUUGUGGUACCGGUAUAUUAUCCAUGUUUGCUGCAUCUGCAGGUGCUAAAAAAGUUUAUGCUAUAGAUCAGUCAGAAAUAAUAUACAGUGCAAUGGAUAUAGUGAGGGAAAAUGAUCUAUUAGAUAAAGUUCAUUUACUGCAUGGGAAAAUUGAAGAGAUUUCACUACCUGUAGAAAAAGUAGAUGUUAUUAUUUCCGAAUGGAUGGGUUAUUUUCUUUUAUACGAAGGAAUGUUAGAAAGCGUUUUAAUUGCUCGUGAUAAAUAUUUGAAAAAUGGCGGAUGUCUAUUACCUGAUAGAUGUCUUCUUCAUUUAGUCGGAAUCUCUGACUCAGAUAUGUACGAAAACUUGUUGGGAUUUUGGUCCGACGUUUACGGUUUUAAAAUGUCUUGCAUUGUAAAAGAAGUCAUUCAAGAAGCUCACGUAUUACAAGUUGAUAAAAAUUCAAUUGCCACGACUUCCGCCGUUAUUUUAGAUCUCGAUCUUUACUCGGCUACCCUAGACUGCAUCGAUUUCACAUCGGAUUUUGUUUUGGAAAGUACAAUCGAUGGUAAAUUAACGGCAUUGUGCGGUUAUUUCGACGCCAUAUUUGGAUUACCAAAUUCCGAAAUUUUAUCAACGAGUCCGGAAACGGAUAAAACUCAUUGGAAACAAACGUUAUUUUUUUUUAAAUCUCCCAUUAAUGUCACCAAAGGGAGUUUAAUUAAUGGAAAAAUUACAUGUAAAAGACUGGCAGAAGACCGGCGAGCUUUAUCUCUAACAAUUAAUUUAGAAAACCAAGAAAAAUUGGAAUAUUUUUUGAUGUAA